CUCCGUCGAUAAUUGCGGUAUCGCACUGACUUUCAGGUGUACUUUGUCUUGCCGUUAAAUAAGAAUUGUAAAUAAAUUAUAACCGCGUAAUUUUCCACUUAUAAAAUGUUUAAGAGAAAAUUGAAAGCGCUAGAUUACAUAGACCGGGAUAAGAUAAACGCGAAUGACCCACAACACUUUCGCAAACUGGUCGUCUGGCUCGAAGACCAAAAGAUACGUCACUACAAAAUUGAAGAUCGAAAGGAUAUCAGAGAUAUAAAUUCAACCAGUUGGCCCGAAACGUUCAAGAGGUAUUGCGAGGACGUCGCUUGUCCGAUAACUACCCAGCCCGUGGAUCAGCUCGAAUGGUUGAUUGGGUUUGCCAUCAAACUGGAGUUCGAGGAUAACUAUAAAAAGUAUCAACCGAUAACAGGCAAGAGUUUGAAAGAUAUGAAUAAACCGGUAGCACCCAACAUAAAAUCAUCAAACCCGUUGGACAAUCUGGACUUUCACAGUGCAGAGUUUAAGAACGGAAUCGAAGAAUUACGAAAGCUACUUUGCAUUCCUCGACAUUCAGAUCACCUUGUAACUCUGCAAGCGUGCAGUAAAAUAGUUUGCAAGAGACUGAAUGCAGAAGCUUUAUUAAAUCCAAAAUCGAUAGUGUUAAAGGGAAAAGAGUUUCCGAUAUUGGAAGCUGAGUUGGGAUUCAAUAUGGGAGAUCCAGUUCUGAAUAAUGCGGCAAAAAUCUUGAGAUUGCUGUACAUUCAGGAUUUGAGGGACCUUCAAACACGAAUAAAUGAAACAAUCGUCAGUGUUCAAAAUAUCACUGCAAAUCCAAGGACUGAUACGAAGCUUGGAAAAGUUGGAAGAUAAACAGUUAGUCAUUACGAUUCCCAUCGCACAUUUACACACACGAAUGGGAUGUUAAAAAUUUUGCUGACGUUCAUUGGCUAAUAUUGUUUGAUAACAAUAAUUGAUAUCAAUUUCUAACAAUGAACCAAGUACUGCUAUUUAUAGACAAAUUGAUUCGUCAUAUGGUAUGCGUGUUUGAAUAAUGGAAUGUAACGAUAGGUCAAAACUAAUAAAUAAUUAUAAUAUACAAUCGCAUUACAUUCGUUGAUUGUCUUUUUUCACUUGCUUGUAUUGAUAUCGAAUGAAUUCAGAUGUGAGGAAUUCUUUGAAACCUAAGUUUAAUGGAUAAGAAUAUAACUCAGAUUUCACAAUAUGUUUAUAAUAAAUAUUUAUUGUAUGGAUAAGAGUAGAGGAAAAUUUGCAAGUAAAGAACUUUUUACUCGUUUCAUAACACCGUUUCUUCUUUUUUGUGUUACAAUAAAGCUGGUAGUAACUAUUUAUUAUGACGAAUGUACAGAGGCAGUUUGGAACGUGAUUGUUCGCAAUGUGUAUAUAGAUUAUUUUUAAAUUAUUUACAAAAAAAUGCGUAAUUAAUUAAUCACUAGACAGCGAUCAGAAGUCUUAAUUUGUUACAUCAUUGCGAUUAUAACUAGACUUGGUGAAAUAGAAUUCGUGAUUGGCUAGAAUAACUAAUAAGGUUAUGUUUAUGCAUAAUAGUUGAGGAGACUUGAUUUAAAAUUUAGGGUGAAUGUAAACGACUUAACAGCAACUGACGAAAAAAAAAGCUUGUAUGAAAGAUACAUAGUUCAAUAUUUCUUUCAAAUUCUCGUGUAUUUAGAUUUAAAAACUAGAGCUUAUUUAAUGUGAAAAAAGACAGAAAUUCAGUUUCCUCCCGUAAAAGGCUAAAUUAUAGAAUAGGAUUUUGAAAACGUCCAGUUUUUUGAUCAUCCAUAGCUCGUAAGAACCUGCCUACUAAUUGAUAUUUGAUGCCUAAUUCUAGAAA